AGAAUACCGCAAAUAAAAAAACAAAGAACGAUAAGAGGAAGACGAAUAUGCUUCAUGGUUUUACACAGCUGUAACGCGGACAUUGGAUCAUUCUUAGAAUUUCAUCACGUUCAACAAACGAUCGAGUUGAAUUAAUUGAGUCAUCAAAGUGUGGGGAGCUGUACUUCUGCACACCUCUGGGCAGCUGUGUGAUGCAGGCAGGAGUCUGUCUGAGACAGGACACUGAGGCAACACUACCAGAGAUAACUGAGCAGCACAGGAUCAGACAGAAAGAAGAGGAACUCAGUGGACUGGAGUCUGUCCACAUGGCAGAGUCAGAGACAGAGUGUGCUGCACCAGGACUCAACGCACUGGAGCCAGAAUGUGAUACAGCGCACAGUGGGGAGCUGCACUGCUGCACACCUCUGAGCAGCAGUGUGAUGCAGACAGGAGUCUGUCUGAGACAGGACACUGAGGCAACACUACCAGAGCUAACUGAGCAGCACAGGAUCAGGCAGAAAGAAGAGGAACUCAGUGGACUGGAGUCAGAGACAGAGUGUGCUGCACCAGGACUCAACAUACUGGAGCCAGUGUGCGAUACAGCACACAGCAGAGUCAGUGAUGUAGACCUCACACACACAUCACUGAUUAAAACAGAAAAUGAUCUGGGCUCCACCCACACUGGGGAUCCUAAGACAGAGAAACUAGGCAGCAUGGAGCUGGAAUAUGUAACCCAUCUGCAUCCUGACCAAAUCAAAACCGAGGCCGAUGAUGGAGGAUAUGCAGAUCGCAUCAGUGACUUGCGGGGUAUUAUAUGUGUUGACAUUAAAUCCAAUCAAAUGAAGUGUGAAUCCAGUGAAAUUUUAGUGAGUGAUCUCAUGGAUACUGUGAAGACUGGAUCUGGUGUUGAUCACAAAGAUCCGGCUGAACCAUGGCAAUGUUCCGGCGAGCCAAACCCAAACUGUAAAAAAGAAGAAAUUGAUGAUCUGCAGAUGCAGUGUGGGGACUUAAAUCAUCACGGCGACAUGAACAGUGAAAAUAACAUGACCAGAAUUUUCCAGAAAAGCAUAAGUAGUAGCAAGCCAUACAAGUGUACACAGUGUGAGAAGUGUUUUAUUAGAAAAUCUCAUUUUGAUAUACACCUGAGAAUUCAUUCGGGUGAAAAGCCAUACAGCUGUAUUCAAUGUGGGAAGUGCUUUUCCAAAGUGUAUAAUUUAAGUACCCACCAAAGAAUUCAUACUGGUGAAAAGCCAUACAAGUGUACACAGUGUGAGAAGUGUUUUAGUACAAAGUCAGCAUUAACUAAACACCUGAGAAUCCAUACAGGUGAAAAGCCCUACAAAUGCCCUCAGUGUGGGAAGUGCUUUUCUGAAACCUCGCAUUUAAAUUGUCACCAAAGAAUUCAUACAGGUGAAAAGCCGUACAAGUGUACACAGUGUGAGAAGUGUUUUAGUACAAGAGCUUAUUUAGAUAUACAUCAGAGAAUUCAUACCGGUGAAAAGCCCAAUAUAUGUCCUCAGUGUGGCAAGUGCUUUUCCAUAAUUUCUCUUUUAAAUCAGCACCAGAGAAUUCACACAGGUGAAAACCCAUACAAGUGUACACAGUGCAAAAAGUGUUUUAGUGCAAAAUAUUAUUUAGAUAUACACCAGAGAAUUCAUACAGGUGAAAAGCCCUACAAGUGUCCUCAGUGUGGGAAGUGUUUUUCCCACAAAUCAAAUUUAAGUAGCCACCAGAGAAUUCAUACCGGUGAAAAACAUACUUAUGUAUUUCGUUUUUAAGGAAAAAAUCUAUUUUACAUGACUCCCAUCAAAUUCAUACCAGGUUUUUUAUGAAUGCAUACAUUGUGGUGUACUUUGUAAAAUAAAAAAGUGCUAUACUAAUAAAAUUGAAUUAAACUGAACUGAAUUGAAAAAGACAUUGUCACAAAAA